GUUUUCAGACAAGUCAGCCUUGUCGCUUACGGAAGGCUACGACGCGCAUAAGAGUUGACUCUUCUCGCUACUUGUCUCCGUCUUGAGAGUAUUCGUGUGUGAUAUGAAGACAGCGGAUGCGGAUGCUAACCCUCACGGACGCGUUCCUGGCGCUCGACCUGAGCGUGCACCGCCUCCCUGUCUGUUUCUCGAUGCAAGGAUCCUGGCCCGGCCAUACUUGGGAGGUAUGGGCAGGGCCGAAUGGCUACCUAGAGGUUGAAAACCUUCCCCCUGGAUGCUGG